AUGGGUGGGCCUGAUCCUAAGAGGAACUCCCGACUCCAAUUUAACAGGCGAUCCCGUACAUUGAAAGCCAAAGCUCACGAGCUUGCAAAACUCUGUUAUGCGGAUGUAUAUCUAGUCAUCAACCAUCCGCGAGGAUCGUUUGUCUAUGACUCAGUCAGCGAUAAAGUGUGGCCCCCUAAUGAUGAUAAGCUGGAACCCAAGUACCCUAAUAUGGAACGAUCGGAUUUCGACAAAAUGGAAAGCCUGUCGGAAAGCUCAGAGGGUCGCUUGUUCCGUCUCGCUCGGUACUUCGCUGCCAGGUCUGAGCAUUUUCGAUCAUUGGAGGAUCUCUUUAAGGAUAUGGAUCUGACCAAUAAUGUUAUUGCGGAUGAUGGAAGAGGCGUUGGAGAUCGUGUCUCGUAA